UUACUUAAUCAUGAUUAAUUUGUUCAAAGUAAAAGAAAAACAAAAGGAAGCAGCUGAAAAUGCAGGAUCAAAACCACCGAUUAAGGAGCAAACACCCUCAGCAUUACGUGUCCAAAGAGAUAUUAGUGAAUUAACCUUACCACCAAUUUGUACCAUUGAAUUCCCUAAUGGAAAAGAUGAUCUCAUGAAUUUUGAAGUCAUAAUUAAACCUGAUGAAGGUUAUUAUCAUGAGGGUACAUUUCCAUUUACAUUCCAAAUUCCAUAUCUUUAUCCACAUGAUGCACCAAAAGUUAAGUGCAAAGUGAAAGUUUAUCACCCAAAUAUUGAUACGGAAGGAAAUGUUUGUCUUAAUAUUCUUAGAGAAGAUUGGAAGCCUGUGUUGAAUAUUAAUGCUGUGAUUUAUGGUUUGGUUCAUUUGUUUACUGAACCAAAUCAUGAAGAUCCGCUUAAUCAUGUCGCAGCUGAUGAGCUGAGAGAUAAACCGAAGUCAUUCGAGUCAACUGUUUGGAGGACGAUGUGGGGAGGACACGAGAAUGACACGUAUUAUGAUCGCGUUCUAUAAUUUGAAAUUUGAAAUUUGAAAAACAUGUCUUUUAGGAGUUUUUGAGUGUUUUUUUUUUUUUU